AUGUAUAAAUUUGUUUUUUUUAUUUUAGUAUUUAUUUAUUUAUUUUCUUUUGUGUUAUCGAAACAAUUUGUAGUUAAAACAUACGAGCAUUUAGAUUGCACAGGCGAUGUUUUAUUAGUCCAUGGAAUUUUGUAUAGUUCGAUAAAAAAAUAUGCCAUCUAUUUUCCAGAUUAUCUAAAUAUAGAUUGUGAAAAUUUUAGUAAAGACAACGGUUGUUAUAUAUCGAAUGAAUGUGGUGAAAAAGGUAUAGUAUAUCCAUUUAAUAAAUGUAUUGGUGGAUAUAAACUAGUGUACGAAAAUAUAGAUUAUAAAGAAAAUGAUUAUUGCCUAUUAACACAAAGUGAUAUAGAAAAUGAAAUGGAUUUAAAAGAUAUCUUAUCUUAUAAACUUAAGGCAGCAGUAGCCAUAAAAAAGAAUUCUGAUGUUUUUGGGUUAUAUUAUGAAUGCAACAAAAAGUUCUUAAGUGCUUACAAUUCAACCAAACAUAAAGCUUUUGAAAUGGAUUCAAAUAGUGUUUUCCAUAGUUCAUAUUGCGAUAAAAAAUAUGCAUUUGUAAUUGAAGAUAUAGAUUUUUUAAUAAAACCCAUUUUUGAAAUCGAUGAAAUAAAAUUAAAAAUUUUUUCUAUUUUGGUAUAA